AUGAGAGAGUUAAUAGUUAAUUACAGCUCUGCACCAAACAGCUUAGAUUUGCAAGUCAAAACUACAACUCCGACAAACACGGCAACUCGGCUCACAGAAGGCAUGGCACCACACAAACGCCUCCACAGCAUAUGGAUUUCAAACUUAGAGUCAAAGAGAGCUAGGGUCCAAGUUGAACAAAGUUUGGAGAAGGAACACGCUCAAGUUGCACAUGGGCCUGUUGCUUUUGAAGAUGUCGAGCGUGGUGUUUCAGUGUGGGGAGCUCAAAGAGUUCAGUGCGAGGAAGUUGAAGAGGAGGAUGACCUCAUCGCGAUCCGAGGAGUGCGCUGGCGCGAAAGAGAUCAGCCUGCUGGCACAUUCCUUCUGGAAGAGAUUGGUGAUGCCCCCGGUGUGAUGAGUAAUAAUGCCAUUUGCACCGUUGAUGAGGAAGACUUACCGAGAUUCGAUGGGAAUGAUAUGGAUGCCAGGAGCGAGUCUGAUGAUGAGAGUGAGGUGGGUGCUGACGAUGGCAUCAAUCAGAAUGAGGCAGACACUGACGACGGCAUCAAUCAGAAUGAAGCAGGCGCUGAUGACGGCAACCAUCAGAAUGCACCAUGCAACCGCCCACUAUCCCAGAAGCUCGCUUUGCGCUCGAGGACUUAUGGACCCUCUUGA